AAUGCCAUGAGCCUCCGGCACCGCCACUCACCACCGUCUCUUCCCCGCGAACAAGCCUACAACAUAAUCCCAGUAGACACCCUCGUUGCAGACCACCCUGCCCUCCGUUUCCCCGAAGUUCGAGCCACCAUCUCUGCUCUCCGCAAUGUAGGAAACCUCAGCUUACCCCCCUCAGUCCCCCAAUGGGAAGCCCACAUGGACCUCCUUGAUUGGCUAGCUGCAUUCUUCGGUUUUCAACGUGACAACGUUAGAAACCAAAGGGAGCACCUGGUUCUUCACCUAGCCAAUACUCAAAUGCGCCAAUCUGACAACAUUGAUUCGCUUGACCCUGUUGUCCUAAGGAGGUUUCGUCGAAAACUUUUUAAGAAUUAUUAUAGUUGGUGCUCAUUUGUUGGUAAAAGGCCUAAAAUUCACAUUGGCCAUUCGCGGUCCAAUGCUGAUCAGGAUAGCCGUCGUGAGCUUCUCUAUGUUUCUCUGUAUCUUCUUAUUUGGGGAGAGUCCGCGAAUUUGAGAUUUGUUCCAGAAUGUAUUUGCUUCAUUUUUCACCAUCUAGCCAUGGAAUUGAAUAAAAUUCUUGAGGAUCAUAUUGAUGAGAAUACUGGUAGGCCUUUUCUGCCUUCAGCUUUGGGAGAAAAUGGUUUCUUGAAUAAGAUUGUGAGGCCUUUUUAUAAUACAAUUAGUGGUGAGGUGGAUAAUAGUAAGAAUGGGACUGCUCCACAUUCAGCAUGGAGAAAUUAUGAUGAUAUAAAUGAGUAUUUUUGGAGUAAGAGGUGUUUUGAGAGAUUGAAGUGGCCAAUUGAUCUUAAUAGCAAUUUUCUUGUGGCGGAUAAUAGAGGGGGUAAAUGGAUUGGGAAGACGGGGUUUGUAGAGCAGAGGUCUUUCUGGAACCUGUUCCGGAGUUUUGACAAGCUGUGGAUAAUGCUGAUUUUGUUUUUCCAGGUUGGGGCUAUUGUUGCUUGGGAUGAAAAGGAGUUUGUGUGGCAGUCAUUGCAGAGUAAAGAUGUUCAAGUGUAUUGUUUGUCUGCGUUUAUUACAUGGAGUGCUUUGAGAUUACUUAGGUUCAUUCUUGAUGCAAGAAUGCAGCACAGAAUAGUUUCAAGGGAGACUUUUGGGCUUGGUGUGAAGAUGAUUUUAAAGAUUGGUGUGGCUGCAGCUUGGAUUCUUGUUUUCGGGUUUUGUUACUGGAGGAUAUGGAGUGAGAGGAAUCGUCUCAAUAGGUGGUCACCCAAGGCCAAUGAUUGGGUGAAGAAAUUCUAUCAGGCUGUAGCUGUUUAUCUUAUACCAGAGAUGCUGGCUUUUGUGCUUUUUCUCUUGCCAUGGAUUAGCAAUUUCUUUGAGGAAACAGACUGGUGUAUAUUCUAUUCGCUCUCUUGGUGGUUCCAGAGUCGGAUAUAUGUUGGUCGUGGCCUCAGGGAAGGUAUCGUGGAUAAUAUUAAGUAUACCACAUUUUGGAUUGUGGUCCUUGCUACAAAAUUUUGCUUUAGUUACUAUUUACAGAUCAAGCCUAUGGUAGAACCCACACAGGCCCUGUUAAGAAAAAAGAAUGUGAAGUAUGAAUGGAACCAGCUCUUUGGGAAUAACAACAUUAUUGCAAUAGGAUUACUGUGGCUUCCUGUUGUAUUUAUUUACCUCAUGGACAUUCAGAUUUGGUACUCCAUCUAUUCUUCAUUUGUCGGUGUAGGUGUUGGACUGUUCCACCACUUGGGUGAAAUUCGGGACAUGCAGCAGUUGAAGCUGAGAUUCCAGUUCUUUGCGAGUGCAAUUCAGUUCAAUCUCAUGCCAACAGAACAUGUAUUGCAGUCAAGGGUAAAUAUUUUAAGCAAGAUUCAAGAUGGUAUUAACCGGUUCAAGCUAAGAUAUGGGCUUGGACGCCCCUUUAAGAAGCUUGAGACCAAUGAGGCAGAAGCACAUAAAUUUGAACUGAUGUGGAAUGAGAUCAUUUUGACAUUUAGGGAAGAAGAUAUUCUCAGUGAUCAAGAGGUUGAACUGUUGGAGCUGCCAAAGAGUACCUGGGACAUUAGGGUUAUUCGUUGGCCAUGUUUUCUCCUCUGCAAUGAGUUGCUGCUAGCCCUUAGCCAGGCCAAUGAGUUAGUUGACGCUCCUGACAGGUGGCUUUGGUAUAAAAUACGCAAGCAUGACUAUAGGCGCUAUGCUGUGAUUGAGGCAUAUGACAGUACAAAGAACCUCCUGCUGCAAAUUCUCAAAAGCAACUCUGAAGAGCAUUCCAUCAUAUCAGCUUUCUUCCAGGAGAUUGAUACUGCAAUACAAUCAGAGACCCUCACGAAAAAAUUUAAAAUGACUGUUCUGCCAAAGAUUCAUGCCAAGUUGAUUGCUCUACUCAAUCUGAUAAACAAGCCAAAGAAAGACAUCAGCAAGAUGGUAAACACUCUACAGGCCCUUUACGAAAUUUCUGUUAGAGAUUUUCACAGAGAGAAGAGGACUACUGAUGAGCUUAGAGAGUGUGGUUUGGCUCCAAGCAAGCAACUUGUAAAUGAAAGGUUGCUUUUUGAGAAUGCAUUAGAGUUACCAGAUACAAGCAAUGAUACUUUCUAUUCCCAGGCUCGACGCUUGCACACCAUACUUACUUCUAGGGACUCCAUGCAAAAUGUCCCCAAAAAUCUUGAAGCCAGACGCCGCCUUGCCUUCUUCAGCAACUCUUUGUUUAUGAACAUGCCUCAUGCUCCUCAUGUUGAGAAAAUGAGGGCCUUCAGUGUUCUGACUCCUUAUUACAAUGAAGAAGUAUUGUACAGCAAGGAAAAUCUCCGAACUGAGAAUGAAGAUGGCAUUGCCACUCUGUACUACUUGCAGACGAUAUAUGCUGAUGAGUGGGAAAAUUUCCUUCAGAGAAUGCAGCGUGAAGGAAUGAUAAAUAUUAAUGAGAUAUGGACAACCAAGGUGAGAGAUCUUCGUCUAUGGGCGUCGUAUAGAGGCCAAACACUGGCCCGGACAGUGAGAGGAAUGAUGUAUUACUCCAGGGCUCUCAAGAUGCUGGCCUUUCUUGAUACUGCAUCUGAGUUGGACAUUAGGGAAGGAUCUAGGGAGCUGUAUACAGUGAAGCAUUCUUGCAGCUCAAACAGCCUGACCUUAGAAAAGUCUUUAUCUACCAGGAGUAUUAGUAGAGCAGAUGAUGUAACAAAGUCAUCGUUUAAAGGCCACGAAUAUGGAAUUGCUAUGAUGAAAUACACUUAUGUAAUUGCCUGCCAAAUAUAUGGAGCUCAGAAGGCCAAGAAGGAUCCUCGUGCAGAAGAUAUCUUGUAUCUGAUGAAAAACAAUGAGGCUCUUCGAGUGGCCUAUGUUGAUGAGGUUCCCCAUGGGAGGGAUGAUAUGGAUUACUACUCUGUUCUAGUAAAGUAUGAUCAGCAACUUAAAAAGGAAGUGGAGAUUUAUCGCGUUAAGUUGCCUGGUCCCUUGAAACUUGGAGAGGGGAAACCAGAGAAUCAGAACCAUGCUUUUAUUUUUACUAGGGGAGAUGCUGUUCAGACUAUUGAUAUGAAUCAAGACAACUACUUUGAGGAGGCAAUCAAAAUGCGUAAUCUACUGGAGGAGUACAGACGUUACUAUGGAAUCAGGAAGCCUACAAUCUUAGGAGUUCGCGAACACAUUUUUACUGCUUCUGUAUCAUCUCUUGCUUGGUUCAUGUCAGCUCAGGAGACUAGUUUUGUCACAUUAGGACAACGUGUACUGGCAGACCCUUUGAAAGUCCGAAUGCAUUAUGGCCACCCUGAUGUAUUCGACAGGUUUUGGUUCUUGACUAGAGGUGGAAUAAGCAAAGCCUCUAGGGUGAUUAACAUAAGUGAAGAUAUUUUUGCAGGCUUCAACUGCACUUUGCGAGGUGGCAAUGUAACUCAUCAUGAGUACAUCCAAGUCGGGAAGGGAAGAGAUGUCGGUUUGAAUCAAGUAUCCAUGUUUGAGGCCAAGGUUGCAAGUGGCAAUGGUGAGCAAGUUCUCAGCAGAGAUGUAUAUAGGUUAGGACAUAGGCUAGACUUCUUUAGGAUGCUGUCAUUCUUCUACACUACAGUGGGCUUUUAUAUGAACACAUUGUUCAUAAUCUUCACCGUUUAUUCAUUUCUCUGGGGUCGCCUCUAUCUGGCUCUUAGCGGCCUUGAAUCAGCUUUGGUAGACGAUGUAGCUAACAAUACAGCUUUUGGUGCAAUACUAAACCAACAGUUCAUACUCCAGCUCGGAAUUUUCACUGCAUUGCCAAUGAUAGUGGAGAACUCUCUUGAAUUUGGUUUUCACACCGCGGUUUGGGCCUUUAUUACAAUGCAACUCCAGCUUUCAUCAGUAUUCUUCACAUUCUCAAUGGGAACUCGUUCACACUAUUUUGGCAGAACUAUUCUCCAUGGUGGUGCAAAGUACAGGGCAACUGGCCGCGGUUUUGUUGUUGAACACAAGAGCUUUGCUGAGAAUUACAGACUCUAUGCGCGUAGCCACUUUGUAAAGGCAAUUGAGCUUGGCCUAAUACUUAUAAUCUAUGCUGCAUACGGUGAUGUUGCUAAGGACACAUUUGUGUACAUAGUACUGACUAUAUCAAGCUGGUUUAUGGUGGUCUCAUGGAUCCUGGCCCCAUUUGUAUUCAAUCCAUCUGGUUUUGACUGGCUGAAAACUGUCUACGACUUUGAUGAGUUCAUGAACUGGAUUUGGUUCCGCGGUAGUGUCUUUGCAAAAUCAGAACAGAGCUGGGAAAGAUGGUGGUAUGAGGAACAGGAUCAUCUAAAAACAACAGGGUUCUGGGGUAAAGUCCUGGAAGUUUUUUUAGACCUGAGGUUUUUCUUUUUCCAAUACGGACUUGUAUACCAGCUAGACAUAUCUAAUGGGAGCCGAAGCAUAUUUGUGUACUUGGGCUCUUGGAUUUACGCAGUAGUGGUUCUUGCAGUCUAUUGUGCAGUGACAUAUGCUAGGGAAAGAUACGCGGAGAAAGAACAUAUAUACUACAGAUUAGCUCAGCUACUGAUCAUACUAGUGCUGAUACUUCUGAUAAUUGGACUGUUGGAGUUCACAAAUUUUAAAUUUGUAGAUAUUUUCAGUAGCAUGAUGGCGCUUAUUCCAACAGGCUGGGGACUAAUCUUGCUGGCUCAAGUAUUCCGGCCUAGUCUGCAGCACACCGGGACUUGGAGGAUUGUGGUUUCGUUGGCUCGGGCUUAUGACAUUAUGUUUGGAGUGAUUGUCCUGACUCCGGUGGCAAUAUUGUCCUGGCUGCCCGGCUUUCAGUCCAUGCAAACCAGAAUUCUGUUCAACGAUGCGUUUAGCAGAGGUCUGCAGAUAUUCAAGAUUGUCUCUGGCAAAAAAACUACAUUAGAUUUAUGA